CACCUGCUGAAAGCAUCUUGAAGGAAGCAACACUUUAUAUCUGCGAUCUGCGGUGCAAUUCAGACGACAUCUUACAUCCAGUCGAGUGCUAUCUAACCUAUUUGUACUCAGCUCGACCGCACAAAAAAUCAGAUCUUCCAUCAGAAAAGCAAACAUGGCUGGCGAGAUGGAUCUGGAUGAAUCAGAUCUCUGGACGUCGCCAGUCAAAAACGACCCCGAUCAGCCUCGUCCGAAAACACCAAAGACUCCCAGAACCCCACGAACCCCACGAACGCCACCGGGAAACGAUCACCACUCCGAGCCCGUCGACCGAGAUGCAAUGCUAAAGAGGGAGCUGGACGGCGUACGAAAGAUCAAUGAGGUCAUUGAAGGUGUCAUAGGCACCCUGCAGCGGGCCGGCGGGAACAUGGAGUCCGUCUCUAAAACCGUUUCGAAUGCUUCCACGCUUCUCAAUACCUGGACUCGCAUCCUAUCACAGACAGAGCACAACCAGCGCCUCAUCCUCGACCCGAGAUGGAAAGGCGCAACCGAUGACUUGGCGGAAAUUGAAGCAGAAGCGCUGCGGAAACAACAGGCUGAGGCGCGCAAAGCGGCCGAAGAAGAGGAGCGAAAAGAAGAGCUCCGACAACGGCGGGAAGAAGACGAGCAGAGAAGAAAGUUGCCUGCAUCAGCUGCGGCUCGAGGCGCUCGCGGGGCUCCUUCCGGCCGUGGAGCUCGUGGAGCUCGUGGUCGAACAAGGAUAGCUCCAGGGUCAUCAAGGAUCGCCACCCGUUCAAGAUAUUCCUCAAGUAACAACGCUUCAGCUUCGUCAAGUAGUCGUGGUACGUCUGGUAUUGGGAGAGGACUUGGAACGACUAGGAGUCGUUAUGGCAGAGCCAAAUAGUCGUGUGAGCUGGAACCCGGCCUUGGACCUUGAUAACAGGGGGUUCAUUUUUGUUUCAUUAUUCGAUACUCCAUAGAUACCCAGAAAAGUGCAAGCUGUAUGUAAAAUGCUAUUUCUUCUGAAAGAAGUGACUUAGCUUCAUCAUACCGCUCGUAUUGACCUUUUUGAGGUCUCGGACUCCGCGACUUUCGCCCGCCUUCUUCUUCUUUUCCUCUUCCACUUUUCUCUUCUUCUCCAUCCGGGCCUCAUCUUCCAAUUCAUCUUGGUUUCUCUUGCGUCCGUAGUCUUGUGCUCUCACUGCCAUGGUCUCUGACCGAAGCUUCUCAAGACUGGCAAUGUAAUCAUUGAGAAGAGAAAAGUCUUUGAGGCCUCCUGCUCCGGAAAAUGACUUUUGGAGAUUGUCAGCCAAUACGGGGCCCACGUAGCUAGAGCAGAUAAACUCAAACGCUACUUUCAGUCUUUGCUGCUCGACUACUUCUGGUGAAGCUUGUAAAGAACUGGCAAAAUUCUCCUCUGCCGGCUCCUCGGCAACUGAUGUUGCGGCUGUGCUUGCUUGAGAUACCGAUGCAUCGCUAGUCUCCGUGGUUGACGCUGUAGACUGAGAUGUUGCCGACUCUGUCUGUGGAGUAGAGGAUCCCGAAUCGGCGACGUUGUUGCCGCUCAGCUGGCUCUCUCCCGUUCGCACCACUCUGUGCAUCAUCGGCGCCUGAAGAACCUUUUUCACAAACUUGUCUUCCAUGCUCAGUGGCAAGCCACUCUCGCUCAUCCUCUUGGCCUUUUGAAAGAUGACGUCCAAGAGUUUCUUCUCAUUAAGCCGAAACAUGGAUUCAUCACCAGCCUCAACAGUGUCGCAAACUGCACCCAUCCGGCUUUCUAUCAGUCGCCGUGUUGUCUCCCAGCGCAUAAUCUCAGAUAAAUGUGAGUUCUCCUGUGGUAGUUUAUCCAAGUGAUCAUCACUGGAUAGAAACAGCCGCUUUACUUCAUCCGAGCCCUUUGAUGCCUUUGCGUCGGCCAGCGCCGGCAGCACUAAGAAGAGGGGAUCAAUAGCUGUUGCUACAAAGAGCUCCGAUCCCAUGGUCACCUGCGCGCUUGGUCUUGCGCCUUGGCCGCCUGUCCUUGUUCCAUUGGAGUUGGGCGCAGCUUCAAUAAGCCAACUUCGUGGCACUGAUUUCGGCG